AUAUUUUUCAAAUGUUUAGAUUUAUUACUGAUAACACUUUUAAAUCUUUCGCAUUUCUAAAGUUACGAAAUAAUUUUACAGUUACCUCAUUUAGAUCUUUAUUUAUAGGGUAUAAUAUCCCGCAUAAUACACAAAAUAAUUUCUCAAAUUCAAUAUUAAGAACAAGACAAAAUAAUGGUUAUUCAAAAAAUAAAUAUUUGUUAUCAAGAUAUAAUCAUGAUAUACCAAAGGUUCAUAGACAUUGUUGGAAAUGUAGUUCGGAAAUAGACUACCUUUCAAUUCAUUGCAAUAGAAAAGAUUGUGGUGUUAUACAAAGUGUAUUUCCUAAUGAUGUUACUUAUUUUGAAAUAUUAGGUGCUGGAAAUAAAAUUAAUGGACAAUUACAACCAACAUACAAUAUUGAUUCUGGUCAAUUAAGAAGAAACUUUUUAUUACUUCAACAACGUGUACAUCCUGAUAGUUAUAGUACAAAAGAAGAUCGACAAGAGUAUAAUUACGCAUCACAACAAUCUUCUUUAAUUAAUAAAGCUUAUCAAGUAUUACGAGAUCCUCUCUCUAGAGCCAAGUAUAUGCUUCAGUUGAAUAAUAUAUCAAUUAGUGAAUCUGAAUCAUUACAAGAUCAAGAAUUAUUAAUGGAAAUUUUAGAUGUAAGAGAACAAUUAGAAGAAGCCACAAAUGAAAAUAAUGUAAAAGCUAUUAAAAAUGAAAGUGAAGAUAAAAUUAAUAAUAUUAUAGCAGAAUUAUCACAAGCUUUUAAUUCAAAUGAUUUUUAUAUGGCAAAAGAAUUGACAGUAAAAUUACAAUAUUGGUAUAAUAUAAGAAAUGCUACUAUAGAUUGGCAACCAGGAAAACGUGUUGAGAUAUUUCAUUAAUAAUAAUAAUUCUUAUAUUAUUAACAUAUAUAUAUAUACUGUAUAUAAGAAAAUUUUUAUUUUCAUACCGGGGGAUACCAGUAUCCUCCCCCAAAUUUAAACUCUGAGUUUUAAAAUAUUCAAAUUCUGAUUUAAAAAUUUUCCUUUAUGUCUAGUUGGAUUUGAUAUUUUAGAAACAUCAAUCUCAUGUUCAAUUUGUUUGUUAUUUUCAUUCUAUACAGACAAUUGUUGUUUAAUAAAGUCUUGCAAAAGCUUUUCAAAA